AUGUAUACGGGAGAAGUAGCAGCCGGGCCCGGACGCAUUGCUCAGCGAUAUAAGAAUGAGACGCUCGGCGACGAGCCCAACACUUGCAGCGAAAUGUCUCUUCUCCGCCUCACCGCCACCGCCCUUCGCGCCAGCCCUACCACCGCCGUGCGCUUCGCUGCGCCCCGCCUGCAAGUCAUCCGGCUCAUGUCUACCGAGACCCAGUACGAGCACAUCCUCAUCUCGCGGCCCGCCUCCGGCGUCGGCCAGAUCACCCUCAACCGCCCGAAGGCUCUCAACGCGCUCUCCUCAGCCCUCUUCCUCGAACUGAAUGCUGCGCUCGAGAAGUUUGAUGGCGACGACGACGUUCGCGCGCUCGUGCUCACUGGGAGCGAGCGUGCGUUCGCGGCCGGCGCGGAUAUCAAGGAGAUGAAGGACAAGGACUACGCUAAUGUGUACAAAAACAAGUUCCUCGAGAACUGGUCCGACAUGACUUCCAUCCGCAAGCCCGUUAUCGCCGCCGUCAGCGGCUACGCGCUCGGCGGAGGCUGUGAGCUCGCGCUGAUGUGUGACAUCAUCCUCGCGUCCCCCACAGCCGUCUUCGGCCAGCCCGAGAUCAACCUCGGGGUCAUCCCUGGUGGUGGAGGCACGCAGCGCCUCGCCCGCGCCAUCGGUAAGUCGCGCACGAUGGAGCUUACCCUCACGGGCCGCAACUUCUCCGCGGAGGAGGCCGCCGCAUGGGGCGUGGUCUCGCGCAUCGAGGAGGACGUCGUCGGCGCCGCGGUGAAGCUCGCGGAGCAGAUCGCGAGCAAGAGCGCGAUCGCGGUGCAGGCGGGCAAGGAGUCCGUCAACGCUGCGUAUGAGGGCACACUCCACGAGGGCCUUAAGACCGAGCGCAGGCUAUUCCAUGCGCUGUUUGCGACCAAGGACCAGAAGGAGGGUAUGGGUGCGUUCGCGGAGAAGAGGAAGCCAACUUGGUCCCACUCGUAG